CAUUAAAAUAAAGACUCCAGUCAUAUCAGUAACCUUAUAAAAGCUGUUUUAUUCUACAUGGAGAGGGUCCACACAUGGGGGCGGCCAUGUUAGAAUCACAUGACCAGCUGAAUACUACUCGCUUAAUCUCAGUAACCGUCCUGUUAUUGGACACUUUCACUCAUGGAUUACAUUAAUCAUGACUGACUGUGAAUACUACAUUUCUACAAUGUCAUCUGAAACUGAAAACGAUUGAUUUUAAAUGAUGCUGCAUCCACACCGCUAGGUGUCAGUGUAAGUCCAAGAUGACAUUCCAAAAAUUACAGAGUGCUACUUGAGUGUGACGCCAUUGAACAAAGUCUAAAUAGAAAAUAUACAAUUAUACAUUCAUAUAAAUGAACCUAAAAUACUGAUGCUGGGAAUAUGUGUCAAGUACUCUUCUAAUUUACCACGAAAACAGCAACACUACCAUCACAAAUAUCGAAAUGUCUCAAGAUUGUAUCAUUCCAGACAUCAGCAAAAAGCAAAUGUACAAUACAACUCUGGAUUUGGUAUUUACAUGGUACAUCAAGACUAACAGUACUUUUGUAAGUGCACAACACCUCCGAGACUUCCACGUGUUACUAUGUCUGCAUCAUUUCCGCUUCUGCACGACUCAAGAGCAUGUGCUCUGAAAGAUGCUGUCUACAUAUAACUGCUUCAGUCUGAGAACAAUUCAUGUGUUACAACAGUGUAAUUACACAAACUCCGAAACGAUAAUACAUUCUAAUGCAAACCGUAAUAGAACUGGUUAUUACAGCCUGGUUUAUAAGAGAGAAUGUAGAAACUUAACUGACCACGUUCCUUGACAAAUAAUUAUUUGUGCAUGUUUUCGGCUUGUUUUACUAACUAACUCUUCUCCAAACGGGCUGUGUCCCUUUGUUGUGUCCGCGCACAUUCACUAGGCCACAACACGAGCUACGUGGACACUCUGCGCUCCAACAAUGCCCCUUUAACUACCACUGAUGUGUCAUUUAAGAACACCGGACACAUUCUCUACCUUCAAAUGACACAUUUACACGUUUAUAGCACACUUCCACCACGGUUGGACGUGUUAAGUUUGUUUGCAUGAUAACGUGUGUCAGUGUAUUUGAGUUGAGGGAAGGAGGGGCAACAUCGUGCUUGACUAGCCAGCAAACAGCACCCCACAUCAACGCUUCACUAUGGCAGUUUACCAGGGUGAUCAUGUCUGCUGAAGAACUGUUGUCUGUAGAUUAUGAGGUGUAUGGGAGGGUGCAGGGGGUGUUCUUUCGAAAAUACACACAGUCAGAGGGGAAGAAGCUGGGUCUGGUGGGCUGGGUGCAGAACACUGAUGCUGGGACGGUUCAGGGGCAGCUCCAGGGUCCCGUCUCUAAAGUCCAACAGAUGCAGCAGUGGCUUCAAACCACCGGCAGCCCGCAGUCACGAAUUGCCAAAGCCGAAUUCAAGAACGAGCGUACUGUUGACAAACUGGAUUUUAAGGAUUUCAAAGUAGUUCGUUAAUGAAAAUAACAAAUCAAUUAGUAUUUAUUUCAAUAGAUAUAUUUAUUAUUAUACUUCUUUCCGACUUAUCUGUUACUGAUAUUAUUAUCGAAACUUGUGACUCGAUUGGACUGACCAAAUUUAGAUAUGUGAAUAAAGAUUUCUGAAACAGGCUUCUUUUUAUUUUUUUACAUGCAGUCAACAUUCAGUUUAAUAAUUGAGAGAACAAAUAUGUUUGGAAGUUCA